AUGGAAGUGAAGGUGUCAGUGGACGGCAUCCAACGUGUGGUCUGUGGAGUCACAGAGGAAACAACAUGCCAAGAAGUGGUCGUGGCGUUGGCUCAAGCCCUGAGUCAGCCCGGACGCUACACGUUAAGGGAAAAAUUCAAAGACUUCGAGAGGUGCAUGACCCCCAACGAACGGCUUCUGGAGACUCUUGAGAAGUACGGAGAACAGGCCAGGGAGGUCCAGCUCACCCUGGUCCACAAUGGACCCUGUGUCUGGAAUGAAAUGAGCAGAACAAGGAUUGGUAGAUACCAACCUUGUCCGCCCCUGAGAAGGAAGGAUGCAGGGGGUAGAAUGCGGCGAGGCAGCGGUUCACUGAGUUUGCAUCGCCAGAGCUUGCCGCCGUUGCCUUGCUCAAGGCAAGAAGCUGAGCCACCGAAAGAGGACCUGAAGAGGCCUAAAAGAAAGUCUCUGACGCUCAUGGAGGAGGCCUGGGAAUGGUUGGAGAAUCUGGGGAAAGGCAAGGUCUACAGUACUGCCUGUGACAAGGACACUAAGAGAACCGAUAAAAGGAACCAUACUCUCGAUUUGUCUCCCACUGCUGACAAAGAUAGCUUGGGUCAAAGGAGUAGGACCAAAGUCAGAGGUCAGAAAAGUAUCAAGUCUGACUUAGACAAUCAAACAUCCUGCUGCAUGGGAAGUCAGACGAGAGGUAAAGAAAGCAAACGCUCUAAGAAGAGUAAAGAGGCAAAAUCUGCUGAUGACCUGUGCUGUUCAAACAAUGUUUCAGCUGAAGAUGAGAAAAAUAGUCUCAAAGAAACUGUCAUACGUCAGCUCGGUUGUUUGCAAGAUCUGCAGGUCCAGAUAGACCGCAUAGACAAACAGAUUUUUGAGCUUGAGGAGAGACAGAGGGCCAAAAGAGCUGAGCAGGACGCCCAGCGGAGAGUGGCUGAACAGGAGAUGGAGCAAAUCAAGUUUUGGGAAAAUGAAUUAAAGGCAGAGGAAGGUCAUGGGAAAGACUUGCAGGGACAGUUUCUUGAGAUGAGGGCGAAGGCUUUUGAGUGCAAGGCCAAGCUGGAGGAGUACAAGUGCAAAAUGCAGGGGCUUGAUUUCUUUGCCACUCAAAAUGUUGUUGAAGAGGACUCAUUGAUGAGUUCAAGAGUCGGCGGUGGUGCUGCCACUGAGUUUUCCUCCAAGGACGCAUAUCAGCAACGAUCUGAUCCAGAUGGGGAUGUUUAUGUUAACAGGAAGUUCCUGCCCAGAGAAGACUUCAACCCUCCUUGUGCUCUGGUUUCUCCCAACCAGAUAAAAGAGCGGCGGCCCACAGGUCCCACAGAGCUCAGGGAGUGGUGGACACGCUGGUCUCAAGCCCAAAACACUCAAUUACAGACUAAGAAGAAGGUGAUUCACCGCUCUGAACUCACAAUAUAUCUGGGUAGUACUAAGGUUUAG